AUGUACGGCGCCAUGAAGGACCAGGCGGUCGCGCUGGUCCGGCGGGCGGUGCAGGAGGACGACGCCGGCGACUACGCGGCCGCGCUGCGGCACUACGUGCAGGCGCUCGACUACUUCGCGGCGCACCUCAGGUACGAGCACAACCCCAGGGUCCGCGACGCCAUCGCCGCCAGGCUCCCGGGGUACGUCGCCCGCGCCGAGGAGAUCCGCGCGCUCCUCGACGGCAGCCCCGCCCCCUGCGGGCCCGGCGGCGACGGCGUGGCGGCGGCGGCGACCAGGAAGAAGGACCCCCGCGGCGGCGGGGACGAGGAGGACGAGCGCGCCUCGGAGCGGGCCAAGCUCCGCGCGGGGCUCCACUCGCUGAUCGUCUCCGAGAAGCCCGACGUGCGGUGGAGCGACGUCGCCGGGCUCGACGGCGCCAAGCAGGCGCUGCAGGAGGCCGUCGUGCUCCCCGUCAGGUUCCCGCAGUUCUUCACCGGCAAGCGGAGGCCGUGGAGGGCGUUCCUCCUGUACGGGCCGCCGGGGACGGGGAAGUCCUACUUGGCCAAAGCCGUCGCGACGGAGGCCGACUCCACCUUCUUCAGUAUAUCUUCGUCGGAUCUUCUUUCGAAGUGGAUGGGAGAAAGCGAAAAGCUGGUCGCAAACCUGUUCGAAAUGGCUCGUGAAAAUGCCCCCUCCAUCAUCUUCAUCGAUGAAAUUGAUUCUUUGUGUGGCCAACGUGGAGAAGGUAAUGAAAGCGAGUCUUCUAGGAGGGUUAAGACGGAGCUGCUCGUCCAAAUGCAGGGUGUUGGCCAUAACGAUGACAAGGUCCUUGUUCUUGCUGCUACAAACACUCCAUAUGCUCUGGAUCAGGCCGUGAGGCGACGUUUCGACAAGCGCAUCUACAUUCCACUGCCCGACCUUAAAGCUAGACAACGCAUGCUCAAGGUCCAUCUCGGCGACACCCCCCACAGCCUGACCAAGAGCGAUUUCGAGAGUGUGGCUCACCGGACAGAUGGCUUCUCCGGCUCGGAUAUCGCCGUCUGCGUGAAGGACGUGCUGUUUGAGCCCGUACGCAAGACGCAGGACGCCAUGUUCUUCUUCAGGUCAGAGGACGGCGGUGGCGGCACGUGGACGCCGUGCGGGCCAAAGCAACCGGGGGCCGUGCAGACCACCAUGGAGGAGCUCGCGGCGGAAGGCAUGGCUGACCAGAUUACCCCGCCUCCGAUCUCCAGGACAGACUUCGACAAGGUCCUUGCGAGGCAGAGACCGACGGUGAGCAAGGCCGAGCUGGGAGUGUACACGAGGUUCACCAGAGAGUUUGGGGAGGAGGGCUGA